AUGCUUAUUGCUCUUAUUACAAUUACUUGUGGAUAGAUUCUGUACCAAGAGAACUUUAAAGAUAAUAGCUUUGUUGAUAACGAAGGUAUUCUAUAUUUCUAAUGCUAGGAUGGUAAGUAUAUAAUGCAAAUCAAAGUAUUGGUUAUUGCAACCAAACUAAAUUAUUUGGUGGUUUUUAUGGAUUUCAUUAAAACACAACUAUUACAAAAUUUAUAACUCUACCUCCACAUUAUGCAAUCAUGAUUACAUUAGAAUUUUGGAAGUAACAUAUAAUAUAAAUAUAUAGAAUUGAUUGUUGGGAUGAUGAAUAUUUUUAUAUAUAUGCAGACGGGGAAUCUAAUGUUCUCAAAAAAGUAUGGAAUGUCAGAUACAAAUCCAAACUUGUGCGGAUUAAAAAAAAAAGGUCAGGUAUUCAGUGAAGAAGUAUCGUAAAUAAGUGUAACAUAAAAUCAUAACUUCAAAUCAGUUUUUAUUCUUAUGACAUCUAAACUAAAGGAUAAAAUAGAUGUAAGAAAAUAAUUUAUGUGUAAGGAAUGGUGGGGAAUCAGACAUUUCAAAUUAUAUAUCUACUAAUGUCCACCUAGAUGUUAAAUUUGUGCUUCAUAAGAUUCAACUAUUGUUUGCUUGAUUUGGGUGGCCUAUUAUCAAAGUUUGUUAAAUGAGGAUAUUAAUUAAUUCUAAAUGGAAGGAUGGAUAAUUUUGGAAGGAAAAUAAUCUAUAAGUUCUUGUUCUUGUAAUUUUAUAUUACAUUAUUUUAGCUAUUCCAAUAUUGGGAGGAUUGGUUAAAAAUGGACAAAAAAGCAAAAUUAUAAAAUCAAUCAACCUGCCAGUUCACAGUUAAAUUAAAAUUAAAUUUAAGUUUAUUUUCAUUGAUAAAUGGGAUUCUGAAUAUGCUUAAUUAUAUGUUGAUCAUCAAUUAAUAUGGAAUUAUUCUCAUAAAUCAAUCACAGAAGAAAUAAAUUUUUGUGGUGGUGAUAUUGGUGAUAAAAUAUUAAAUUAGGAAAUUAAUCUACCUCAUAAAUAAUAAUUGUUAGAAUUGUAAUUUACUACAUUGGCAAAUUAAUUUACAGACUUAUCAUUUGGUAUUAGAGAUGUUGAAAUAUUUAUAGGUAAAUAUAUUAUGAAUUAAGAUUGUCCAUUUGGUUUUCCUUAUGAUUUCAUUUGUGAAGGAAUCUGUGGAAAUGGAGAAAUAGAUAAAGCUGAACAAUGUGAUGAUGGAAAUAUUUAUCCUUUUGAUGGAUGUUUUAAUUGUCAAUAUUCAUGCAUUGAAGGUUGCUCUAAUUGCAUCUAGGGCAUUUGUUUUGAAUGCUAAGAAGGAUGGACUUUCUAUGAAUUUUCAUGUACUGAAGAGUUCCUUAUAAAUUAUUAAGAUUAAUAGUAAUAAUGUUUGAACAAUUGUAAAUUAUGUAUAAAUGGAAUGUGUUAAGAAUGUGAUAUCGGAUUCUAUUUAAUCAACAACUAAUGUCAAACCAUUUGCGGAGAUGGAAUUAUGGCUGGACAUGAAUUGUGUGAAUUAGAGGAAUAGGAUUGUCAAAAUUGUUAAUUUAUUUGUUCAAAGAAUUGUGAUGUUUGCAUCGAAGGUGAAUGUCAGUAAUGUAUUAUUGGAUAUACAUUUGAUUAUAUUGAAAAAUAUUGUUAACCUAUAUGUGGAAAUGGUGUUGUAUCUGAUGAUGAAGAAUGUGAUGAUUUUAAUAUAGAAAAUGGGGAUGGAUGUUCUACUUAAUGUAAAAUUGAAUAGAAUUAUAUUUGUAAGAACUAUCAAAACUCAUAUUCAGAAUGUAGUUAUGAAAAAUAACCAGCUUUCAAACUUUCAUUAACAAAUAUAUAUUAUUAAUAUUAAUAUGUAUCCAUUUAUUUUUAUUAAAUGGUCAAAACAAAGAGUUAGAAUGUUUUUUCAAAAAUGAUACGCAUGCGUUUAACUGAACCAAAUGAAAUAAUUUAUGAUUUAAAUUUGAUACCUAUUCAAGAACCCUUUGAAUUAGUUUCAGUUGUAGAGUAUUUAAUAGAAAUUUAAAUAAACACUACUCUAUCAUAACCACCUAUUUUGGAAGUAACUCUAGAAGAUUAACUUUUUAAUAAUAAUGAUGCUCCACUAGUUAAUAAAAUUAAUUAAAUAAAACUUAAUAUUCCAUAAUAACUUGAUGAUCAUUAAAAAUAAAAUGCAAUUUACCUCAAAGAAGUAGCUAAAUACACAAUUAUUUCAAUGGGAGGAUCAGCUGUGCUAAUAUUGAUACUUUGUGGCUCAUUAAUAAUUUAAGAUACACUUGAAAUACUACAAUAGUAAUCUUACCUUAGAUUUAUCAAUGUAGUUUUUCCUCUCAAUUUAUUUAUUUAUUUUGAAUCAAGUAACUUGAUAUCUAUGUAACCUAUUUUAGACAAAAUUAAAAUUGAUAAAGUAUUAACAUCAUUUAUGAAUGAUUAAUAUUUGCAAUCAUAAGGGAAAUUAUUAUUUUAUGAAUUAAAUGCUGAUAUCUUAUGCAAUAUAUAAACUUAAGUAUUCUUAAUUAUUGUGCUUAUGAUGACCUAUUAUUCAAAUUAUUUAGUCAUAAAACUAAUAAGGAAAUUGAAUAAUUAACAGUUUUUUUAUUUUGGUUCAUAUAUUGCAAAAUUUUAAAUGAAAGUCUUGAAGUCUAUGUAAAAAUUCAAAAGAAACUUUGAAAGAUAAGCAUUCUAAGACUUUCUUAUCACUAAUAGUUGGGAUCUCCUUUUUAUGUCCUUUCUCUAAAUAUUUUCAAAAACUAAUAGAAUCGUUUCCUAUUUAAUUGCAUAUCUGAUUUUUUAUAUCAGUCUCAUUCUUUCAUCCACAAUAUUUAGUAGAAUAAGAAAUCAAAUUAUAAGGAGUACUAAAUAAUUAUGGAUUGCAAAGUCAAAUUAAAUCAAAUUAUUGAAAAAAAUUUUAUUUAUAAGCAUAUUAGUGAUGUUUCAAUAAAAUCAAAAACUUCAAAUUAUGUUAUUAACUCUUAUAUGCUAAUUCUAUUUAAUUUAUCUUCUCAUUAUGAAACCUUUUUAGAAUAAUAUAGAUUACAUUAAUACUAUGGCACUGGAAAUAAGUUCAUUUAUAUUUUGUUUUUCAUCAGCCUUAUAUUGGAAUGAUUUAACAGAUAUAUUAGAAUAUAGCAUUUAGAUUUAAUUUGCAUGGUUUCAAAUAGGAAUGCUAUUGUCAUGUUUAUUUAUUAAUUUUGUAUCAUAAUUAUGCAUGAUAUGUGUAGAACUGAAAAAGAAAGUAGUGAAAAACAUUAAAAAAUAUUAUCCCUAAUAAAAUUAAAUGUAGGUGAAAAUUAAUCCAUUUUUUAUACCUUGA